GACGCUGUACGCAUCCGCCUAUAUAGCAUCCAAAUGGCGGAUACUGCGAAUUGAGAUCGAUAACGAAUCAAUUGAUUGGCGGGAUAUCAAGUGACAUGCAACUGGUGCAACUGUGUAAACGGUGCGGGUUUCGAUCGAACGGCCACAUACUCAGCCGCAGUAGUACACUUUCUCGUCCCAUGUCACACCGUGGUACCGUGGAGGGUGGGGAACAUACAACCCCUUUGCCGCCACUGGAGUUGCUCGCCCUUUCUUGCCGUUUGUCUUAUCACCCCUUUGAUACUUGAGUCAUCUGGCGAGCACCUUGCACACCGAACGUACACACAGCAUCUAGGGCAAGUAGCAUCGGUUAUCACUCUCUCUCUGUCUUGCUCUCUCUUUUGCGCACUGGCCACUAGGGCGUACAUCCCCUCUCUUUCACUCGGGGCUACCUUUCUUCCCUUUUUUGUCCCUUCGAUCGAGUGUGGCGCGGUGGCGGACUCAUUACGUCAAUUUGCGAUCGAUUAGAUCGCGAUCGCGCGGUUUCGUACAGCCAGCCAGCAAGCCAGCCAUCGCUCGGAGCUCGCGAACUCGAUCGUGCGAUCGCGGUGGCGCAGCAGCAGCAGCAGCAGCAACAGUUCGGUUCCAAACCGGGUUGGCGCAGGGCAGCGCACACACUAGCUUCACGACUCUUGCCGCAGCGUGACUCCGGCCUGCAGACGCUGGUGCUGGACAGUUUGAAGUUCUUCGUCUGGUGUCUUCGGUGAUCCAGGAAUCUUCCGGAGUUCCACAACACACACACACGGAAUUGGAUUAAUUAAUACGGGCAUAAACAGGGCGCCAAACCGGGCGGGCCAAGCAGCGUGACAACAACGACAGUGCGACCGCAGACUCCGGCAACCCCCAGCGCGGGGUGGGCCCAGGGGGAGGGGAUAAGUGCAUUGAUGUGUGUGCGUGUGUGUGUGUGUGUGUGCGCGUGCGACCGCGACGAGGAGGAAACCACCCCAGGUACCGUGUUUUGUGUCGUAAUCAGUAGCAGCAGUAGCAGCAGCAGCAGCAGAAGAGAUCAUCGAGUGAGUGAGAAAGAGAGAGAGUGUGUGUGCGUUUGAGUGAGUGAAGAACGCCUCAAGGGUUGCGCGGUCAUCAUGAGUGUAGUGGGUCACGGUGGAGGUGGAGGAGUGCCACCGCAGGUCACCAAACUGCACCGCACGAUCCGCUGUACCGUGGGCGAGGAAUUCCGACUGGAAUGCGACGUCCGAGGUUCGCCCACGCCACGCAUCAGCUGGGAGAAGGACGGUGUGCGCGUUAUAACGGACGGUACAGCUGCUGCUGCUAGUAGUGCUGGGCAGGGCAGUGUGGCCGUCUUCAGUGGCACGAGGGCUACGCUCAAGGUCGCGAGCGCUCGUCGUGACCAGACGGGUUCGUAUCGGUGCGUGGCCGAAAACGCACACGGCACUGCAGCGGCCACCGUGCACGUAUUCGUCGUUGGCGAUCCGCGAGAUGCGAACGGCCGUACGAUGAUGCUAACGACAAAGACCGCGGCAGCACCGAACGAGAAGCCCAUCAGCGAAGAGGCUCAGAGUAACAGUGGCACCGUGCCACUCAAGUUCAUCUACGUGCCGCAGAAGAUCGAAGCGUACGAGUACGAGACCGCCGUCUUUCAGUGCAUCAUCGAAGGCUAUCCGACGCCCCGGAUGUCCUGGCAGCGGAACGGGCGGCCACUGAACGCGUCACGCAACAUCUCGAUCCAGAGCAAGGGUUCGCUGUGCACGAUGAAGCUGCAGAACGUGACACCGAAGGAUGCGGGCCCGUACCAGCUGGUGAUCGAGAACGAUAACGGCCGAGUGGAGCGUACGAUCGAGCUGCUGGUGCUCGAAAAGAUUCGCACGAUCAAUCGCAUCAAGCGGAACAGCGUUCCGGCUACGAGCGGUAUCCGGAUCUACCGGCACAUCAACGACUAUGCACCACGGGUGGGCGAGUACAUUCUGCUGAACGCCGAAUACUACGCACCGUCCAUACCGAGUGUCCGCUGCUUUCACAAUGGACGCGAGGUGGACGAUGGUCGGAUCUUUCAUCGGAGCGUUAGCCAGCGGAACCUGUCGCUGAUACUCGAGAAGGCGAAACCGUCCGAUUCGGGCACGUACACGUGCAUCCUGGAGACGAUCGACGGCUGCAUCAAGGUGAUGUCGGCCGAAAUCGAUAUACAGGAGGCCGGGCGCGCCGGCGGACCGAUCGACAAGAUAGCUCGGGUGGUUCGCGAACUGCCGAAAGUGAUCACCGUGACGGAGGGCAACGAGGUGGAGCUGACGCUCGAGCUGCACUGCCCGGAGCUGUUCAAGUUUGUCUGGAAAAAGAAUGGCCGCCCGAUCAAGGAUUCGGUGGAUUUUGCCUACAUCGACCAUGGCAACGGAAUACUGGGAUUACGUUUGAAGGACCCCUUCCUCGAUGACGCCGGACUGUAUGAGUGUAUUAUCGAAACGGGGAAGCAGCAGCUAACGGCCACCUGCUACCUGGAUGUGCUCGAACUGGAACCGGAACCGACGGAAAAUGGUCAACCAGCACAGUGCACGGAGGUAACGGGCGCCAAAUUUCUACGCUUUCCACUCUCGCAGAUCGCCAUCGAGGGCGAUAAUGUGGAGGUAUACGCUUGCAUCCAGCCAACCCCAGACAUCCGGCUCCGCUGGUACGUACGUGGAACAGAGAUAACCAGCGCGAGCAAAGGAUUUUCGAUCGAAUCUCGCGACGAUGGUUACCACACUUUGCGGAUAUUCAACGCUGGCUACAAGCAGAGCGGAGAGGUGAAGUGUUCGCUGUUUCGCUCGACAACCGACACUAGCGUGGCCGCGGCCGUGACCAGUGCGUACGCGGAUCUGUGCGUACUGCCAAAAGCCUACGCCAGCGCUGGCGAACGGAAGGAGAUCGAACGGUACAGUGGCGGAGGCCAGAAGCUUCGCUUCUUGCACGGUCUACAGGAUGAGGUAGUGCUGCAGGGGGAUGAUGUGAUCAUCGAGGCCUGCUUCCAGGGACAACCGCUGUCACAGUUACGCUGGAAACGAUCGGAUCGCUACAUCAUGGAUGGCAACGCGACAACGUGCAAUCUUCCUGGUCGAACCCGUUUACUGCUGAAAAGUAUCGAAGCGGCGCAAGGUGGACGGUACAGCGUACAACUCGAUUCGGCGGCACCCGAGACGUUAUUAUCGAUGUGCUUGCGCGUGGAAUCUCCACCCGAACCACCGGCAGGGCGACCAACGGUGACAACCGUUGCCCACGGGACUACUGCCCUCUCCGUUUCCUGGAAUGCAGCUCCGUAUGAUGGAGGAAGUGCCAUAACUGGUUUUGUGAUCGAAGUGGAGCGGUAUGAUGAGGGGCAGCACCAGUGGACCUGUGUCAAGCGCGUUCCCAACUCGUACUCCUGCGUGGUGGAUAAUCUGGAACCAGCGUACCGGUACCGGUUCCGGAUACGGGCGGAAAAUGUGCACGGUUCCAGUAAUCCAACACCAGCGAGUGAACCGAUAGCACCGGUCGCCGACUACACAUCCGCGACAGAAUCAACUGUUGCUGCCGCAACGAAUGGUAAUGUUUCAAGUGGUGGUGGAGGUAGCGGUAGAACCAAUCGUCCAGCCCACAAGAGUCCAGCUUCGAGCGGGGCCAGCAUCUGCAGCAGCAUUGGCGAUGGAGGUGAGCUGACGAUUGGCAGUGGCCCGAUGAGCAGCGACGGUAGCGGUCACAUCGAGGAGGACACACUGGCUACAGCACCGUCAGCGGUAUCAUCGAUAGUAUUUCCGGUCGAUGGUGUGUUUGCGGAACAGUUCGAGGUCGUAAAGGAAGUCGGCAAAGGUCGGUUCGGGGUCGUGUAUAAGGUCGUAGCACGGGGUGAUGGUACCGUGCUGGCCGCUAAAAAGGUAAAGUGCAUACUGAAGAAGGACAAGGAGCGGGUCUGGCAGGAAACGGCCAUCAUGCAGGGCUUGGAGCAUCCGAAGUUGUUGCGGCUGUACGCAACCUACGAACUACCGAAAGAGAUCAUCAUGGUAAUCGAGUACAUCUCUGGAGGUGAGCUGUUCGAACGGGUCGUUGCGGAUGACUUUACGCUCACCGAGAAGGACUGCAUCAUCUUUGUGCGCCAAAUCUGCCAGGGGGUAGAGCACAUGCACAGUCGACAGAUUGUGCAUCUUGACCUGAAACCGGAGAAUAUCAUGUGCGCCACGAAAACGAGCCACGAGAUCAAAAUUAUCGACUUCGGCCUAGCCCAGCAACUGUGUGCCUCGACGCCAACGCGAGUCCUUUUCGGGACGCCCGAGUUUAUUGCACCGGAGAUCAUAAACUACGAACCGAUCAGCGUGCUCAGCGAUAUGUGGAGUAUCGGCGUGAUCUGCUACGUACUCCUUUCCGGGCUGUCACCCUUCAUGGGCGAUAACGAUGUGGAUACGUUCAGUAACAUUACGAGGGCCGAGUACGAUUUCGAUGAUGAGGCGUUCGAUCUGGUAUCGGACGAGGCGAAGGAAUUCAUUGCCGGAUUGCUGCGGGGCCGGCAGGAGGAACGACUGAGCGCUAGGGAGUGUUUGGAGUCUGGCUGGUUGUCGCUCAAGGACGGUGACACUGUCGGCGUGAACCAGAUCCGGACGGAUAAGUUAAAGAAGUUUAUCAUCCGUAGAAAAUGGCAGAAAACAGGAAAUGCCAUACGGGCCCUCGGUAGGAUGGCUAACUUAUCCGCUUCCCGGCGUGUCUCGGUUAUACCGCGCGAUGCUGCCAACAAUUCCGACUGACAUCCUGGUUGACAUCGAUUGGCUUACUACUGCGAUCCGCGCCAUAGAGAACGCACACGACAGAACGUGCUAGUUGGGGAACACUAGACCGACUCCCCAUGCCUGCUGAAGACGAUAAACGCACGAUGCUGUACAUGCGUGUACAGUUGCUCAGUGGCAGUUGUUAUCUUAUUUAAAUUCCAUACUAAUAAAAUUGUGAAAAGUUGCA